AUGGCCUGGGACGACAGCGAGGACGACUGGGAGGCGGCGGACCUGUCCCUGCCGCAGAAGGGCGAGGAGGACAAGGCAGAGUGGUCCGACGAGGAGGCGCACGACCCGGACAAGGCGGAGCCGGCGAGCGUGCCGGUGGCCGCCCCGCGGGCGGCGCCGCGUGAGAAGACCGAGCUGGAGAAGAAGAUCGAGGCGCGCGAGGCGCGCGAGGCAGAGGAGGCGGCGCGGAUGGCGGCGCUGCGGGAGAGGGCGGGCGUCUCGACCGAGAUCGACCCGAGCCUCACCGGCGAAGCGCGCGAGCGCGCGCUGAGGAAGCUGCAGCAGGAGGCGUCCGACUUUGACAACGCGGCGGCGGCGUUCGGCCUCGACAUGGCGGAGACGAGUGUCGGCACGCCCGCGCCCGCGCCCGCGCCCGCGGCCAAACCGCCGAACAAACCCGCCGCCGCCAAGCCCGCCGCCGCCAAGCCGUCCGAGGCGGUGCGGCCGGCGCCAAAGGUUGGCGACCUGGGCGCGGACUUUGUGGCGAAGAGCGAGAAGGACUACGAAAAGCUGGCCGAGUCGCUGGCGGAGCGGUUGCGCCCGUACGAGGGCAAGACCGGCCACAUGAGCGUGCUCAAGUGCCUGCUGCGCAAGGCGGCAGCGGGCAUGUCGACCGACGAGGCAAAGGAGCUCUCGACCUUUGCGUCGGUGCUGUACAACGACAAGGUCAAGGCGGACCGCGACAAGGACAAGAAGGGCAAGAAGACCAAGGGCAAGAUCAAGAUCGCCAUGGGCAAGGACGUGGACAACGACUUUGGAGGGCUCGAGGGCGAUGGCGGAGGCGGGGGCUGGCGGGCGAACGACGAUUUCGAUUUCAUGUAG